GUAAUGGGCGGAGAAAGGGUCCAGUCCCAGGAUUGGUCGCGCAGGCGCAGGGAAGGAUCCGUUUUGGCGGGCGGUUGGCGUUGCGCAGAAGGCGGCGGCGGUGGUGUCUUGUGGUCUGGCCUCACCACAGAGGAACAGGGAAGACAUUAGCGUGAGUGAUCGGUCUCGAUUCCGGGAACCGGUGGCCUUAGUCCUUCAGGUGGAACGGUGUGCGACAUGGGAAAGAAAACCAAGCGGACAGCUGACAGUUCUUCUUCAGAGGAUGAGGAGGAGUAUGUCGUCGAGAAGGUGCUAGACAGGCGUGUAGUUAAGGGGCAAGUGGAAUAUCUACUGAAGUGGAAAGGCUUUUCUGAGGAGCACAAUACUUGGGAACCCGAGAAAAAUUUGGAUUGCCCUGAGCUAAUUUCUGAGUUUAUGAAAAAGUAUAAGAAGAUGAAGGAGGGUGAAAAUAACAAACCCAGGGAGAAGUCAGAAAGUAACAAGAGGAAAUCCAAUUUCUCGAACAAUGCUGAUGAUAUCAAAUCCAAAAAAAAGAGAGAGCAGAGCAAUGAUAUCGCUCGGGGCUUUGAGAGAGGACUGGAACCAGAAAAGAUCAUUGGGGCGACAGAUUCCUGUGGCGAUUUAAUGUUCCUAAUGAAAUGGAAAGACACAGAUGAAGCAGACCUGGUUCUUGCAAAAGAAGCUAAUGUAAAAUGUCCACAGAUUGUGAUAGCAUUUUAUGAAGAGAGACUGACAUGGCACGCAUAUCCUGAAGAUGCGGAAAACAAAGAGAAAGAAACAGCAAAGAGCUAAAGGAGGGGGUGGUCUCUGUCAUUUCUCUUUGUAUAUAAUACAUUCACCUCCCUGCCUCCUCUCCCUUCUGCCCACCCCCUUCUAUCCUAAACACAUCCAUAAAAAAUGUGCUUAUCACUGUGCUCCACAGGAGAAAUGUUGGUAUUGGUUCUCUUGUAACAUAACUGAUGGUCUGAUUCAUGAUAAGUGUCUCUCU